ACGAUGUCCGUGUGGAAAAACAUGCUCUGCCAUGUGGAUUGUGGCUGUAAAUAGACAUUAAGAACCAACGCAUUUUCAAAACAUAAAAACAUCGACUAUUAUGAGUCUCUUACCUAAGACUACCGAGGACUUCAGCUCGGCUGAAUACUGGGAGAAAUUCUUUCAGAAACGCGGGGAAAAGGCUUUUGAGUGGUAUGGAGACUUCAACAAGCUCUGUGGCGUUCUACACAAAUACAUCAAACUACAGGACAAGGUUCUUGUGGUGGGGUGUGGAAACUCUGAGUUGAGUGAGCAAAUGUUUGACGUGGGCUACAAACAUCUGACCAAUAUUGACAUCAGUGAGACCGUUAUCACAAAUAUGAAGCAGCGGAACUCCGGGCGCCGCCCGGGACUCACUUUCGAGCAGGUGGAUGCCACUCAGAUGAUGUAUGAAGAUGCCAGCUACCAAGCUGUUUUGGACAAGGGAACCCUGGAUGCAAUGGCUUCUGAAAAAGAGGGAGCACUUGCUAGAAAAAUGCUCACUGAGGUUGGCCGGGUGCUCAGCGUUGGAGGUCGUUAUGUUUGCGUGACGUUGGCACAGGAAAGUGUCAUUGCAUUGGCAGUGGAAGGCUUUGUGGAGCUGGGUUGGGCCGUGAGAGUGCACUGCCUGCAGGAGGAAUGUGAAAAUGCAGAGGACUCCUUUGCCUUGCCUGUCUUCGUCUUGGUCUGCACUAAGUUCCGCCAGCCAAUGCCUAAACCUAUCUUGGAGAUGUGCCUCGGGGAUGAUGGGACUCCAACCCGGCUCACACAGGUUGCUGAGCUCUUGUCUGCUGUGAAGCAGCACCGUGCUUAUUCUGUUUUGAGAAAGAGACUUUGCACUGGCACGGAUUCUGAUGCAAACCUCUCACUGACCUUGUGCCAUGCCAAAAGUGGUCUGCCCAGAUACUCCCUCACAGUGCAGGAUUGUCCUCCAGAUGUCAAAGUACCUAGAGCAAACCAGUUCGCCAUUUUCAUAGUUCCACAAGGCAGUGAGAGCUCCUGGCUCUAUAGCUCCAGCGAGGGACGUAAGCAACUGGCAGCAAGCGCCAACUUUCGCCGGCUGGUUAUCGUAGCCAUGCACAGAAAUCAAGAAUACACAGAUAUGCAAGCAGUUCAGUUAGAAUUGUCGCCAAUGGUGAUGGAGCUUGCACCCCCAGGAAUGCCAGACAAACACCAGGUGCCAUUCCUGUCUGUCGGGGGUGACUUAGGCUGGCGGGAAGAAGUCAGCAGGGGAGUGAGUGAACUGAGUGGGGAAUACUGUGUGGAGAACGUGAGAGGGGAAGAUGGCAGUCUUUAUCGUAGACUUGUGUUUCUGUCGAACACUGCUCUUGUCCAGUCAGAGAGUCGCCUUGUCCCCUCACGCACCGCUUCAAGCAUCAAGAAAAAUAAAAAGAAGGCCAGGACACCAGCGAUUUCAACAACCUCUUCAACCACCGUUGACAGUGGUUUUCUUUGCUGUGCCCACCAUGAAGUCAUGGUGGCAGGUCUCACAAUGCUUGGUGUGGGGUCACCACAAAACAAAGAUGUGAACGUGUCAGUGCUACUGGUUGGACUUGGCGGAGGAUGUCUGCCUCAGUUCCUCCGGGAUUUUGUGCCUGGAGCUACUGUUGAGGUAGUGGAACUGGAUCCAACUGUCCUGGAAGUGGCAAAGGAAUGGUUUGGGUUCCAACAAGAUGAUCAUUUGCGUGUCACUAUUGGAGACGGCCUUGAUCACAUCUGCACCUUGGAAAAGAAAGGUGGCACUCUAUUUGACGCUAUCAUGUUUGAUGUGGACAGUAAAGACAGCACUUUGGGUUUGAGCUGUCCACCGGCUGCUUUUCUAGAGUCCUCCAUCCUGCAUAAAGUGCACAAUCUUCUGACACCAAAAGGCGUUUUCAUUCUGAACCUUGUGUGCAGAAACUCUGCCCUGAGGAAAAACAUGUUGGAACGUGUUUACAGUGUCUUCCCCACCGUGCUCUCUCGAAAGAUUGAAGGGGAAGUGAAUGAAGUGCUGCUUUGCUCCCUUGGAGAAAGCAGCAUCUCAAACCCGACUGACAUCCUCUCUAAACUUAACGUUGCAGCUAAGGAUCUGCAGAGCUCACUGUGCUCCAACAGGACUGGCUCAAACCGUCAGCCACAUAUUGACAUAUCCGAGCUGCUGAAAGACCUGAAAGUCGCUUGAGCUUCUCUCAUAUGAAAUAAAUAGCUUUUGUUAGUUCCGACAAGUGUGAUCAAAGAAAUUGAUUGAAAGAAAUGUACUCAAAUGUGUGACAUAUCUGCUUCAUAUUUACUGUAAAUCUGCUGGCUCUUAUGGGAAAAUCUAAAUUUUACUUUUUGUCUGAGAUAACUCUGUGAUGUCUGCUUCAUUCAAUACAUUCCACUACUGAAGAAGUUCUCCUUUAUAAUUUAUCACAUAGUUUAUGAUGUCUGUGGCAUUUUAGUUCACCUCUCUGGGCUAAGGUACAUGUGACAGAGAGUGUAUGAGGUGGCAUGGACAUCGUUCACCCUCUGGUUGUGUCCAACUGGGAGGAGGACCUGGGACCUAGAGUUGACAUCAUUCGGGUGUCUUUGGGUAGAGGUUUCCUCCUUCUGUCAAAUAAU